CGGAAUUCUCGGAGUGCCAAUGGGCUUUUUAGAUUUUGCACCAGAACCACCAGCACCUUCAGCGACACCUGUAACAGUAACGGAACAUGUUGAUUUAUCUUGUAACCCUAAUACUGACACCCGAGAUUUAUCAAACCCCACCGAAGCACUUGACAUCGACAAUCACUUGGCCCAACAUAUGAUUCAACGGCUUGAUCAAUCUCCGAUGCAUGCUAUGCAUCAUCAAACUGGCGACGAGAGUAACUCGAAUUUAGUACAACACAUAAAGAGUGAAGUGAUUGAGGCGAAACAACAACAACAACAACAGCAGCAACAACAGCAGCAUCACCAAUCACAGCAACAUCAAUUACAUGCACAACAACUAACACAGACACAGGCACAGCAACAGCAACAGCAACAUCAACAACAUCAAGUACAUCAACAACAAACUUCUCAUUCACACUCAACACAUAGCCAACAACAAGCACAAUCACAUCAGGACAUAUCCGGUGCAACAGUAAUGGAAAUCGAUCCGAGCCAAAUAAAACACGAACCUGGAAUGAUCAUAACGCCGGAAAUAGUUAAUAUGAUGACAACUGGACACAUGGGUAUGUGCUGGAAAAUAUGUUGAUCGUAAUAAUGAUUUU